AUGCGUAUUGGUGCUGUCAUCGUUGCUGGCUUCGCCGCCUUGGCCGCUGCUGCUGCAACACCACAACAGAUUGCUGACGGCCUCGCGUCUAUCACCCAGAAGUUUCAAACACUCCAAGCUCCUGCCCAGAGCAUCACCAUCCUCAACGCUCCACUCAUCGUCAUCGGCCAGGGCCCGUUUCCCCAAAUCAUCGCUGGUUUCCAAGAUAUCGUUUCCACCUCCACAGCUCUGGCUGCUCAAUUGGGUGGCACCGGAGCACGUCGACGUUCCGUGGAGCCUCGCGAUGCCGACGCUGACCUCGUGUUUACUUAUCGCUCUCUCGUCAGAGUUGCACAGGCGACGCUCAACAUCCUGAUCGGCAAGGCUGGCGUGGUAUCCAAGGCACCUGUGGUUGGAGGGCCUGUUGCGACUGCUCUUCGCGGCGUCGAGGCUAUUCAAGAUGACAUCGCUAUUAAGCUUAUAAACAUGUUUUCAGUUCGUGCUAACGACUUGACUGCGGAGGCUAACUCUCUUGACGCUACCAUGACUCUUGCAAUUCACUCGUACGAGUCAAUUAUGGUAUAA